CCUCCCACUCUAAACCCGGAUUAAGAUUGUAUUCAUCUUGAAAAAUAGAAAAUAAACCAAGUUGCCGGAUAUGUCACAAAAGGAGCAAGCUCAAAAAGAUGCCUCGCAAAAAGACGCAGGCGAUGAUGCUGCAGAUGAUGAUAUUAUAAAGAAUCCCAAGGCAAGGUUCCAAAAAACAUAUCAGAAAGUUAUAAAAUGGAAAGCUCCUGAGAAUGAAGAUGAUCCAUUACCGUAUUUCGAUACCGCGAAAGCGUGGGAAGGACUUCUCGCCUUGCCCAGUUGCCAAGAAUUGCAGAUUAAACCUCCUUUUCAAAAGAAAGUAAAUUUAGUGGUUGGCCUAAAUGUCACGCAAGAAUUUCCAUGGAAGCAAAUACCUUAUCGCGUUCUACGCAAUAAUCUCUUCGAUGAAUUACCACAUGGUCAAUUCUAUCAUACUAUGUUUCAAGGUUUCAAGCUUGAAAAUCAUGUCCUGGUAGGAUAUGCGCCAAUCUUGACACAGAAUAUGGAAGUUCCUCCUGAAGGCGAUCCCUUCAUAAUGUACGUAAAUCCUGAGGAUGCAAAAGUUGCAUUAAGUAUCAUCCGAAAUAUGGAAACGUACGAGCGACUAUAUUAUAACAAUAAACUUUUAAAAAAGCCCGGGCGUUGGUUAUCGUAUGGCAGCGAAAAUGAGGUUGCAACCGAAAAACUUUUUCAUGAGCCGGUCGAUGUUGAAAUUCAAAGUGUGUAUCCCAUGACUAUACCGGCACAAAAGAAAUUCUCGUUCCGGUUUACUAAAGACGUACGCGACGGUUACGUACAACUGGUACCAGCUGAAGGUGUACGCUUCGAUAACGUAGUUCGUAGACGCAUCACAGUUGGUAUACAAUCCUCUAUGCCACAAUCUACUGUUGAACAACAAACAGACCCCACAUUUCCGACUAAUGCUUGGGCUCAGUAUUUAUAUGAAGUCAAAGCAGAGGAUGGCUUAGAUGAAGAAUCUCCAGAUGAAGAAGCCGAAAGGAAACCGAUAGGCAAAGGUGCAGCAGCAACGCCUAAGGCACCGAAACCUCCUCCAGAAAUGUCAGACCAAAUUAAAUUCCUUUUGGAGCAAUUGGAGUUUAAUCAAGUUGAUAUGUAUCGUAACGAUUACCCACUUUUAACCGAAUCAUGUAUUAUGCAUUACACUACGCCUUAUCUGGAGGAGACAUUGUGCUUUGCCAACAUUUCAAAAAGUAAUCGUCGAUAUGUCUGUGGAUUCGAUUGGUAUCCAGCUCUUGCGGGCCUCAUUGUCACAUCAUAUACAUUUAGCACGCCGGCGACCAUUGAAUCGGUUCACAGGAAAGUAGAUUAUGUGCAGCAAGCUGUUUUGGAACCAAAUCCCAUAUUAAUGUGGAGUUUUAAUGAUAAUCUAAAUUAUAAAUUGGAAUUUGAGUCGCCGCUGGAAAUAACAUGUCUAUCAUUUUGCCCAACUGACACAAACUUACUGUUUGGUGGGGCCAGUAAUGGUCAACUUGUUGUUUGGGAUCUGCAAAAUCGUGCCGAGAAAUUAGAUUAUCAGGAAACUUUAACAUCGGCUCAAACGAAAUAUCGUGUUAUAAUUGGAGAUUUUCUUAAGUGGACAAUACAAGUGGACGAGGAUAUGAUUGUUUCUCCGGCGACUAUUUCGAAAUUGGAAACUUCACAGAAAGGCGCUAUAACCGGCAUCUAUUGGUUAGGGAAGCGCGUUUUUGUCAAUUCGUUUGGCAAAGUGUAUAUGGAUCCAGAUCCAAAAGUCAGAUAUCGAUAUUUCAUGACAUGUUCUACAGAUGGUACAAUAUCGUUUUGGAAUCUUGACGCUCAAAGCGGAAGAAAAGCAUCAAACACGGCUGCACGCAGAGAUUUGCCGAAAGCCCUCGCACAAAGUGAAUCAGCUUAUAAAGGCAAACUAUUGGUACCCAUAUUUACUAUAGUUUUUGCCGAGCCGGUUACAGCAAUCAUAGCAGAUACAUCUGUUUUUAAAUGUAUUGUAGCGGAUUCAAGCAAAGCGCGUAAGAAUCCUUACAAUUAUCGUACGGAACUUCAGGCCAUAGAUCCGCCGGAUAUGCAUCAAUCGUUAGUGAUGUCUUCUCUUUACGGACACAUAGAACGUCUUAAUUGGCAAGGCUUGUAUGCUGAAGCCGAAGGUCGAGAAGUACUUAAUACGUCAAUACACUUUGCCCGGGUCCACGACGGACCAAUUGUGGCAAUGAAGAAAAAUCCUUUCUAUCCGUUUAUAUUUGUUUCAAUUGGGCGAACUGUUUUUGCGGUUUGGAAGGAGAGUUACAAUUACUCUCCAAUUUUUUGGCGAAAACGCAAACACGAAUUGACCGCAGUGGCUUGGAGUGAAUCUUGUGCUUCCGUUCUCUUUCUAACACGAAUCGACGGUGGUCUGGAAGCUUGGAGUAUAUUAUCACGGGAUGAUGAUGCUUGCCUUAAUGAUGUGCUUGGUGGUGGCAUUGUUACCAACAUUUGCGAACAUCGUCCACUGGAGCCCGAGAAGCUAUUAGGCAUUGGCGAUUAUAAUAGCAGCUUGCGUAUGGUCAAAUUACCGAAGGUCUUAUAUCAACCAAGCACUCUUUCGGAUUUUAAAGAUUAUAUUACAAAGGAGGAGUCUCGCAAAAAGGCGAUACAAGCCUGGGAGCUGAAAUUUUAUGAAAAGAAUAAAGAGUUCAUUGAAAGUAAACGACAAGCAGAACUUGAAGCACAUAGGGAAAUGGAACGUAUCGAGAAAGAGACUAUGAUUACUACAAAAAAAGAUCAGUCCGGUCAAAACGAAAAAAUGCCCGCGCAAAAUUUAUCCUAUACCGAACGCAUGAAGCAUCAAUGGUAUGAACUUAAUCUGAAUCGUUUGAUGAGUAUUUUAAUGACACGUAAGCGAGUCAACGAACAACAAUUAAAAGAGGAGACGCAAUUAGAGAAACGACGUUUAGCCUAUGAAGCGGCCAAAAAGGCGGCACUAAUUGAAGUUCUGAGUAAUGUUGCUAGCGAAGUAGCUAACGUACGACUUCGCAUUCAUCCCGAAGAAAUACCCGAUUUACAGCGAAACGAUAUGAUACAAUCGUCUGUGGCGAAAAUUAUGAAAACGGCCGAUUCGUUCGCAGAAAUUCAAGCCGAAGCGAAUGAAAGAUUCGAACUUUUCGAAGAUUUCGAUCAUAUCGACUAUGCCGAAUUUUUGGAACGCGGCGGUAUGCGUCGCAUGAAUUUAGACAAAUCGUUAGGUGGCAAUACCGAACGCGUAUAUUGGUAUAAUACGAUGCGUGACAUUCAUGGUACAUUGAAUGAAUGUAAUUGGGGUUUCGGAUAUAAUGCAGAGCUUCUGCAAACUGUCGACAUAACUUCACGAGUGUCAACCGAUGACGUGCCACCGGUUGUAAAACAAGCGGAAGAGACAGAAAAUAUAAUUGAUAAAGGCGAAUAA